CAAAACAGUUAUUUCAAUAAGCUUCUGAUUACAGAAAUGUUCAAUUCGGCGAGGCUCAACCUAAAAUCAAGCCUCCGCCGCUACUCGACGGCGAUUAAUCGCCGCCGUAUCGAGGACGAAGGCGACUGGUUUUACUCCUCAGAGUGGUGGGACAGCGGCUCCUCUAACAGCCGCACAGUUUUCCGAGAAGUUUCCGAUACCGGAAACGGCGUCGUUUCUGUGCUAGCUCACCCUUCUUCCAAACCGGACAGAUCGUACUGGCCAAAGACUGAAAAAUGGCUUAAACAGAGGCAUGCAGAGUUAUUUCCAGAUUCUAAAGACGAAGGAGAAUUCCGAGUUAUUGGUUACGAGUGGAGAACACUUCACUUUAAUGACUAUACUCGCGAAAGCACCGUUAAAAUUUUGGCUGCACGUAAUGAAAAAGAACCUGGCUCGUUGUGCUUUAUGCAGCAGGCACACUGUCUAGCUGUACCAUAUGUGAAGAGCAUGGUAUCUGUUGGAUUGGCUACCAUCUUAUUAAGUAGCGGGGAUUUAGUCAAGAAUGCUGUACGAGGCAAGCAAAAUAUGAACGUUUUAUGCAUCGGCCAUGGUGGUGGAAGCCUGCCGUUGUUUCUCGCUAGUAAAAUUCCAGGUGCUAUAGUUCACACAGUUGAAAUAGACCCUACUGUAAUCUCAGCUUCAAUCCAAGCAAUGGGGUUUCCUUCUUACUCAGUCGUGACAUCAUCUGGUAAACGGGCUUAUCCAAAACCAAACCCUCUCGACAAGUUACUCUGGAAAGGCACCCACGAAAGGCUACUCUUGUUCAAUUCCGAUGCCGAGAAGUUCAUUCUCGAGAGCACUGAUAUGUAUGACAUCAUCUUUAUCGAUGCCUAUGACGGCGAAGACAUUUUUCCACACAAGUUAUGGGAACCCAAUUCUCCGUUUUUACGGAAUCUGGGUGAUAGGCUUCACCCAGAUCAUGGAACAGUUGUGGUGAAUCUGCACACGGAUGCUGAUUUCGUUGAAGACGACUCACUGAGUCAACCGGGUUUAUCCUCUUUGCCGAUGGGAAGACACGUGUCGAAAGUGUGCGGUGCUUAUAAAGAUGCUCUGUUAGGGAAGGGUAGUUCUGGUAAUGGUUUUGCUUACACGGUUUCUGUGCCUUGGGUGUGUAAUACUUCUCUUGUUGUGUGUAGAGGUUUUGUGGGGCCUGAGGAAAGUUCGAUAUCGAAUUUGGUUUUGAACAGUCUAAUGUGCAAAGCUCUUGAAGUUGAGAAACUUGUUGAAAUGCCGUUUUCGUGUUUGCAGUAUAUAAAAGGAGGUUUUACUCUCGUGUGACUAAAUCACCCGUGAAAAGUGGCUCUCGAGUAUUUGUAGCACAUUGCAUGCGUGUUGUCGCAUCUGUGUUUUGAGAACAUGGAAGCAUUGGGUUUUGCCGUUUAGGCUGAAAUCUAGUAUAUCUACAUAGAGAAAUGUUUGAUAUUAUCUAUUUAUUUCCCUCGUACACUGUGUAUAUAUCAAUUAUGAUAAAGAGAAAAGAAAUAAACAUUUUGAGGAAAAA